CACACACACAGACACAUACAGAAUGGCCUGCAAGCUCUUCAUCCUCGCCGCUCUGGUGGCCGUCGCACGCGCAGGUAUCAUCGGCGCCCCCGCCGUGGUAUCCCCCGGAGCACCUCUGGCUUACGGUGCCGCUCCCCUUGCUUACGCCGCCCCCGCCGUCGCCAGAGUAGCUGCUCCCCUUGCCUACGCCGCCCCCGCCGUCGCUAAGGUCGCCGCUCCCCUCGCUUAUGCUGCCCCCGCCGUCGCUAAGGUAGCGGCCCCCGUGGCAGUCGACACCGACUACGACCCCAACCCCCAGUACAGCUACGCUUACGACAUCCAGGACGCUCUGACCGGCGACGCUAAGAGCCAGCAGGAAAGCCGCAGCGGAGACGUCGUCCAGGGCAGCUACAGCCUGGUGGAGCCCGAUGGCACAGUGCGUACCGUGGAGUACUCCGCUGACCCCGUCAACGGAUUCAACGCAGUGGUGCACAAGACUCCGCUUGCCGCCCCCGUCGCCAAGGUAGCUGCUCCUGUGGCAUAUGCCGCCCCCGCCAUCGCCAAGGUCGCUGCUCCCCUUGCUUACGCCGCCCCAGCCGUAGCUAAGGUCGCCGCUCCCCUCGCUUAUGCUGCACCUGCAGCCUAUGCUGCCCCAUACGGCAAGGCCCUUUUCGGCUAAGCAACUGCCCUGAUUCAUUGAUCCACUACGGGUUUGCACUUAUGUAACAC